AUGAAUCCAAUAGAGCAUGAUGAUUUUCGUUAUAAGUACAAUGGCGGUGUUAAAAAUGGUGUUCGUAAUCAGUUUUGUAAAGGUACAGCAAAACGUUUAUCUGAUGGCACAAUCAAAGCCCAAAUAGGGCAUUCACACGUGGCAAACAUCGCUGAAAAUGAGAUUGGUGAUCUAAUAAAACAGUUUAGAUCUACCUUAAUACUACGAUCUGUCAAUGAAACCACGAAAUUAAAAAUUAUAUAUGAUGAGGAAUCAAUCAGAUGUAUUCGAGCUGCAGAACAUUAUUGUUGGCCAACAGCAGAAGCUUCAAUGCGUCAUGCUCGAAAAAAAAUUGUGCCUGCUUUACCAAUCAGCAUUAAUGCAUUGGCAGAUUAUCUUGAUCAAAACCCAGAGCGUUACACUUGUUGUGAACAAGCGUUUUAUCAAGAUCGAACUGUAGAUAAUGAUGGUAAAACAACAAUUAUAUUUGGAUGUACAUCACUUAUCAGUGAUGUUGUAAGUCAAGGAGGAAACGAAGUUCAUGCUGAUGCAACUUUUAAAGUUACACCAGCCACGCCACAGUCUCGACAACUUUUUAUUCUGCACAUAAUUGUUCAAAAUCAUUCAAUACCCAUAAUCUACGCAUUGAUGGAGUCCAAGACGGAAGCAGCAUACACUUUAUUGCUUACAAAAUGUAAAGCUUUAUUUCCUUCCAUAAUACCUAAUUGUGUGAUGACAGAUUUUGAGACAGCUUUGCAAAAUGCAUUUUUAACUGUUUACCCUGAAACUGUUGCACAUGGUUGCUGGUUUCACUAUGUCCAGGCAUUAAUAAAAAAUGUUAAAAGACUGGGUCUAGCACAAUACGUGAAGGAUAACGUACAAGCCCAGAUCUGUUUAAAAAUGUGCGCUGCUUUAGCAUUAUUGCCGGUGAACAAAAUUGACGAAGGUUUUCAAUUAAUACGUCGCCAUGCCAUAGAUAAUAAUGUUAGAUUUGCUACAUUUUUUAACUAUUAUUCAAACUAUUGGCUACGGAACAGAGGACCUGAAGUUUUUUCUGUUUAUGGUUUACCUAGAAGAACCAACAACAAUGUUGAAUGCUUUCAUUCCCAAUUGAAGGAAAAAUUCCAAAUCCUUCAUCCUAAUUUAUGGACGUUUUUAGAACACUUGAAAAAUUUGAGCAGCAAGUACCAUGUGACUGUAAGACAACUAGCACUAGGACAGAGAAUAUCUCGUGCUGUUAAAAUUAAAUAUUUACUAAACUCUGGAAGAAUUUUAAAAUCUACUCAACAAUUGGAUCUUGGGCAUAUUACAUUAAAAGAAUUUUUACUACAAUGCUCACACAGUGCAGAACGUUAUAUCCGUGAAGAAAUGAACUGGCACAUAAAUGUAGAACAAGGUAACCCAUUAGUAAUUAGUAAUAAAAUUGAAACCAAUUUUUAUAAAAAAAAAAUGAUACAUGUUUUGAACACAGGUGUAAUAGAAGAGAAUAAAGAUGAAAUAGCUGUAAGAGUAGAAGAUCAUCAACCAGAGCUUCCUGUAAACAUAGUACUUCCUGAAAACCCUGAGCCAGAAGAUGUGCAUGAAUGGGAUGAAAGGGAUUUUUUUAUUCCCGAAGAUUUGGAGUUAGUUAGAUGGCAGGAAGAAUACGGAAAUGAUGAAUAUCCAGAUAAUAUUCCUUAUGUCCAAAUUGAUCAAACUCUUCAAGUGAAUCUUCAUAAUGAAGAAACAAUUUGUGUUGUGUGCAGGGAUGGUGCUAGGUCUCAUGCAUCUGUACCUUGUGGACACAGAGUAUUGUGCGCAGAUUGCGCAGACCAACUACGUACUAAUCGAUGUCCAAUUUGUAAUAGAAAGUCCACCGGUGUCAUUCGCAUUUGGCAAUAG